AUGAGACCCCUGAAUUCGGCUGACUUUACAAACACCACUAUUGUACAUCCAAAGUUCUUUUUCAUAAGUGGUUUUGCCAGUAUUCCCCACACAAACUAUUACUAUGUCUUCUUGUGCUCUGUUUAUGCUAUGACUGUACUGGUAAACACUUUCAUCAUGUUUAUGAUUUACACUGACCACUGUCUUCACAAUCCAAAAUACAUUCCAGUUUUUAAUUUGGCUGUGUCCGACUUGUGCGGAAGCACCGCAAUCAUUCCUCAGAUGAUUGACACCUUCCUGUUCAAAUCACACUUAAUCUCGUUUGAGGCCUGCUUGACAAACUUUUUUUUUGUUUUUUUAUUUAUCAAUAUGCAGUCUUUCACUCUAACUGUCCUUUCCUAUGACAGAUAUGUGGCUAUAUGCUUUCCACUGAGAUACAAUGAGAUUGUGACUAAUAAAUCAACAUUGGUGAUCACAGCCGUCUUAUGGGUUUUUGCAGGAACGGCCAAUGUCAUAGCUGUAAUUUUUAUCAACAGACUAUCCUUCUGCAAAUCCAAUGUGAUAGACAGUUAUUUCUGUGAUCCCGGACCCAUACACCUUUUGGCAUGUAAUGAUAACACUCCAAGUUCUGUGAUUAAUUGGACACAUCCACUUCUGAUUUUGUGGUUUCCAGUACUUUUUAUCACAGGUACAUACAUUUUGAUAGCCAAAGCAUUGUUAAAAAUUGCAGAAACCUCUGAGCGCCUCAAAGCCAUGAAAACCUGCACCUCUCAUUUGAUCUUGGUGAGUGUGUUUUACCUUCCUAUAUGUAUCACAUAUGCAAUGGGCUCCACCAUUCACCAGAACGCCAGGAUGAUUAACAUGUCUCUGACGACCAUCUUGCCGCCUCUGCUAAAUCCAAUCAUUUACUCUCUGAAGACAGAGGAAUUCACCGAAUCCAUUAAAAAGCUGUACAGAAGAAAGAAGAUACACUGUAGAUAA